AUGGACAAGAAAGAUAAUGGUGCAAAAUCUGGCAAUGUAGCACAAACUGGUGGCACUGCAGGAUCUGGUUCGGGGAAUAUGGUGGCGCCGGGUACUGGAGGUGCAGUUCAGAUACCCCGUGAUGGUUUUGAAAGAAACACUAAGGCUUAUUUUGACAACCUUCAUGCCAAGGACAAGGCAACUAAGUGA